UCAUACAGAAAGGUUUUAGGAGAGAGAGAAAGAGAAGAGAGAGAAAGUGACCCCAACAAAAUAGAAAAAAAAAAAGAUUUUUGAUUGUGAAUUGAUCCGACCAAAUUGUUGCUUGAGAUUUAAAAUACUUCUGAAUAAUCAAUUUUUUUUUUCUCCACUCAAAAACUGCAAACCUUUUAAACAUUGGACGACAUUUCCCAUAAACCCAGAAAAAUAAAAUCAAAAAUAAAAGAGAGGGAAUCUCAGUUUUGAGAUGCGCGGUGCAUUUUCGCCGCUUGUCUCUCUUCUCCGAAUUCAUCAACAACAUCAACAAUGGCUGACGAUUCUGUUUUCUCCUUCAAGGAGACUUUGGUGCCCAAAAAAUCCCCACUGCUAUUGAGGCUGAUUGUUUUGGUGUUUGCUACGGUUUGUGGAAUCUACGUUUGUUUCAUUGGUCUCAAGCAGUUUAGUGUCAGUACCACUACCGGGUUUUUAAAUGUUGAAGUGAGCGACAGGCCGUGCCCUAGGCCUAAUCUUGAAGAUUGGGAAGCUCCUUAUGUGCAUUACCCUAAGCCUGUUACUUACAGCAGGGCGGAAUGUGCAUGCCAUCCUGUCCGAUACUUUGCAAUAUUAUCAACUCAAAGAUCUGGUAGUGGAUGGUUUGAGACCUUGCUGAAUAGUCACAUGAAUGUAAGUUCAAAUGGGGAGAUUUUCUCUGUUAAAGAUCGGAGAGCCAAUGCGUCGACUAUUGUUGAGACUCUUGACAAGCUUUACAACUUGGAUUGGCUCAGCAGUGCUGCUAAGAAUGAAUGUACCACAGCAGUUGGGUUGAAAUGGAUGCUAAAUCAAGGAUUGGUGCAGCAUCAUGAAGAAAUACUUGACUAUUUCACCAAAAAAGGCGUUUCUGUAAUAUUUCUGUUUAGAAGAAAUCUUUUGCGGAGAAUGAUAUCAAUACUUGCAAACACAUAUGACCGUGAUUUUAAGCUGUUAAAUGGGACACACAAAUCCCAUGUCCACUCACCCCUUGAGGCUGAGAUACUGGCAAGCUACAAACCUCAUGUAAAUGCCACAACUUUGAUACCAGAGCUUAAGAAAGUCCAACAAAUGGCAGUCAAAGCGUUAGGGUACUUUAAUAGCACCCGGCAUAUAUUGCUUUACUACGAAGAUGUAGUGAAUAACCGCACUAAAUUAUUAGACGUUCAAGGCUUUCUCAAGGUCCCGAGAAAGAAUCUAUCGAGUAGACAAGUGAAGAUACACAAGGGAACCUUGUCCGAACAGGUUGCUAACUGGGAUGAUGUCCAAAGGACUCUUAAUGGAACUGAGUUUGAAGGAUUCCUCCAUGCUGAUUAUAGAUUGUAGGCUUCUUUGCAUUUACAGAUGUACAUAUCUUCUGUUUUUAAUUUAUUCUUCUUUCCCCCCUUGAUUAGUUCCUUGCAAUGUCGGCAUGGGGUGGCAACAGUUUUGGUAGCAGAAUUUGAUCAUCAGAUUUUUUUUUUGGCAGCUGUUUUGACUGUCAUUAAUGAUUCAUUUAUUCUUUUCUCUCUUGGUAGAUUUAUUUAAUGGAGAAGAGAUUGUGGAAAA